AUGACACAAGAUAAAGAGGUUCAGGUUCAACCUUUUAUUAAAACGUUUAAGACUGUUGGAUCCCAAAAUGAACAUUUACACAUGCAAGGAAAUACAAAAAUACACCCUGAUGACAUGAACAAAUUAUGUCAUUUAGAAGAUCACAGUUACUUCUUGGGCCCAAAUAAUAAUUCUUCAACAGAUGACAAUAAAGACACGGUGGAACCAUGUACAACACCAUGCACACCAGUGACUGAAGAACAACCGACAUUGGUUGAAUGUGAUGAUGUCCAAAGUGGGGUUAUUGUGGAACUAAAAAAACAAGGAUCUUCAAAUGAUGCAGAUAAUGACUCUCUGAGUGAUACUGGUUCUUCAUAUUGUCCUUCAGCUUCUGAUGAUGACUCUGAAACAGACGAUUAA